AUGACUUUACGAUUUCUCGAACGCAAAGCAAAAAAUGGUGGAUUUACUUCGGCCGAAGAGUUUCUGUAUGAUUUCAAGCUGAUUCAACACAAUGCCGUCCUCUACUACAAGAAAGACAAAGUUGCUAGUUAUGCCAACGAAUUGUACGAGAUUGGAUUUUUCGAGUAUUGCAAAGUAUCCUAUUGUUACCAAUGUUAUCUUCGAUCGGUCGUUGACAAAAUGGAGAUUUAUCAGGGUGAUCAGUUCCUCGUCGCUUGUAAUCGUCCACACGGUCUUGUCUGGGCUCAAGUUCCCGGCCAUGGUUAUGAACCAGCUAAAAUUAUCAAUAUUAGUGCCUUUAAGGAUGGGAAAAAGAAUUCAAAGUUUGUCCCGGCAGUUGAUGUUUGCGUUUUUGGCUCUCGUGAAAAAGUGACCGACUUAAAAAUGGAUCAAUGCUUUGUGUAUUCUCAAAAUGAUCCCACUGGACUCCAGGUUGCUCUUAAAGAGACCGUCAAAUUAGAACUGGAUAAAUACAUGGAGUCUGUUAUGGACGCUAUAGCCAAACCGCGAUGUGCUAUUAAACUUGAAAGUGUUGUCCCAAUGAUUCCCGAAUACGCUUCUAAAUUGACUCUUGAGAGUUUAUACUUAGUCAAGAAAGUCAAGUCAAACGGAUUUUCAAACGAUCCAAUCGUCGAUGUUACUUUCAUUCCUCUUCAAACCGCUGUUGCUCCUGCUCCUCAACAUGUUCAAGUUGUGACAUCAAACCAAUCAAGGGUUAGUUCUGCUGUUAAAAGAGCGUCUUCUUCCAAGAAAAAAGACUCAAAUGCCAAGGUUUCCAAAACUCUUGAGCAAGACAGUUUGCAAAUCAAAAUCACAAUUGACAGCUCACAUUAUGAUCAGUUUCAGCCAAGGGCCUCCACUUCUAAAUCUUCGACUGCUGCUUCAACAAACCUAAGUCCAAGUAGUGCCGUUUCAGAUGCACCUUCGCAAGCUCAGCCAAAAUCUAAUGCCAAGGGCAGUUCAACCGUUGUCGCCAACUCUCUCGCCACAAAGUCUCUUCUACCAGGCGCUCAGAUAAAGCAAGAGCCUGUUGAUAGCAUUGUUCCAAUUCCAAGCACUUCAAAAGUUUUGACUUCAUCGGCAACAACUGCAGAGGGAAACAGUGCUUCAAGUGCAACUGGUGUCAAUUCUGAUUCAACACUUGCUCCAAUCGCCUGCACCAGCGAAUGCUCCAACAAAGUUCGCCUUUUAGAAGCCAUGGGCCGCCGUAAGGCCGCCAUAAUCGACGAAUUGAAAAAGACAUUGAUUAAGGUACAUCCUUCUUCAAAGAGUUCACUAUUGGGUAAAUGGUGCAAGUGCUGCUAUCAAACGCGCAUAACCAACCACAUGUGCUGCAAUGAUGAGUACUACUGCAGCCUGGAAUGUCAACACGACGAUUGGAUUCACCACGAAAAAAUUUGUACUCGAGUGAAAAGAAGCAAUUAA